CGGGGGAGCAGUAAAAAUGAAGUUCACAACUUGAGAAAGUAGCAAAAAUGGGAAUGGAAAGCAACACAAUAAUAGCAUCAUCAGCCAGCAGCUUCGGAUCUCCUCUGGCUGGCCCUCAACAGUCACCACCAUCAUUGUCGCCCGAAACAAUUCGCCCUCUCUUUUUCUUUUUCCCUUUUUUAUUGUUUUCUGUAAAACGACUUUCCCCUUUUUCUCCCCCCUUAAUCUUCGCUCGGUUGUCUGUUUCUUAUGACCCCUACGAGGUUUCCUUUUCCUUUAUCGCAGUUUUUCUGAUUCAUCUCUGACAAAACCGUAGAUGCAUAGUAUGUAUGUGUUUGUAUCCAUGAAUUCAUCGCUCCGACCAUUGACUGAUUUUUAGUUGAUCAAUGAUGAUCGUUGAUGCGGCUAAUUAGGGUUUCGUUCAGAACAAAUGUUGUUCAUAUUUUUUCCCAGGGAUGUAGGGCGAUGAAAAGCACAAUACUUUGAUGAAUUGGUUCGAGGAUUGUUCCGUAGUUUCUUGUAUAGUGUACCGAUGAAGUUCGAUCUGUUGAGGUGUGAAUUCUGUGUGCAUUGGGGCACGUGUGUUUGUUAAUCUGUUACUGCUUAUUUGAUUUUCUCACGCUUGGUCGUAUUGCAAAUUGAGCUUCUUGGCGUUGGAUUCUUUGGUAUUUAAAUCAAUAAUUUCGCGUUGGCUAAAUCGCCAUGGAUCAUGUUAUCGAUGGGAAGUUUAAGAUGGGGAGGAAGAUCGGGAGUGGGUCUUUUGGUGAACUCUAUUUAGGUUCCAAUUUACAAACUGGUGAAGAAGUUGCCAUCAAACUGGAGUCAGUCAAGACCAGGCACCCACAGCUCCACUAUGAAUCUAAGAUUUAUAUGCUCCUCCAAGGAGGAACGGGUAUUCCUAAUCUCAAAUGGUAUGGAGUUGAGCCUGAAUACAACGUUAUGGUAAUUGAUCUCCUUGGUCCAAGUUUGGAAGAUCUGUUCAACUACUGCAAUAGGAAGUUCUCACUGAAAACUGUGCUAAUGCUUGCGGAUCAAUUAAUAAAUAGAGUCGAGUACAUGCAUGCCAGAGGUCUUCUUCACCGUGAUAUCAAGCCAGACAAUUUCUUGAUGGGUCUAGGUCGCAAAGCAAACCAGGUUUACAUUAUUGAUUAUGGCCUUGCUAAAAAGUAUAGGGAUCUUCAGACUCAUAAGCACAUACCAUACAGGGAAAACAAGAAUCUGACUGGUACAGCUCGUUAUGCUAGUGUCAACACACACCUUGGUGUUGAACAAAGCAGAAGGGACGACUUGGAGUCUCUUGGUUAUGUGCUUAUGUAUUUCCUCAGAGGAAGCCUUCCGUGGCAGGGAUUAAGAGCUGGUACCAAAAAACAGAAAUAUGAUAAAAUCAGCGAAAAGAAAAUGCUAACUCCGAUAGAGGUGCUGUGCAAGUCUUAUCCAUCAGAGUUUAUAUCCUACUUUCACUACUGUCGAUCAUUGCGCUUUGAAGACAAACCUGAUUAUUCUUAUCUUAAGCGUCUCUUCAGAGAUUUAUUUAUUCGUGAAGGUUAUCAAUUUGACUUUGUUUUUGAUUGGACAAUAUUGAAAUAUCCUCAAAUUGGUGCUACUUCGAGAGGCCGAAUUUCGAGUGGGGGUGCAGGAUUAAAUGCUGGGCCAUCUGCUGAAAGACCAGGAAGAACAUCAGUGGGGCAAGACCUCAGAGACAAAUUUUCUGGUGCUGUUGAGGCACUUUCAAGGAGAAAUACUUCAGGUUCUGGCCGCCAUGUUGAACACUCUAGACAGAGGUCAGAGGAUGUGCCUUCCUCCAAAGAUGUGCAACCAGAUACUGAUAGGGGUCGUACAUCCCGAAAUGCCAUGUCAUCAAGAAGAGCUGCAAUUUCAAGCAGCAGACCCAACUCUUCUGAAGCAACCGAUAGUCGCCCCAGCAGAAUAGUUUCAAGUACUGGUCGCCUGUCCACUACUCACAGGCUUCAAAAUGGGUCUGAAGCAGCCAAGCUUUCGUCUUUUUCUCGGGCUGGGGUCGCAAAAGGCCCCCGCGAAGACCCCUUCAGGAGCUUCGAGUUCCUAUCAAUCAGAAAGUGAUGAUGAUAGAUGCAGUUUGUAAUAAUGGAAAGUUACCCGUUUCUGUUAAAUGGAAAUGCAUCCUGUGCUGCUGUAACUAACUUGUAUCAGUUAUAAUUGUUUUUUUUUUGUUUUCUGGAGAUUAUGUCCACGGAGUUGGACUCUCAUCCAAGAAAAUGAUCACGAAGUGCAAAAGUUUUCAUCAUGUGUACACGGGAUUUGAUAGCUAUAAUAAAUUGUAUGAAUUUAUUAUGCCCUUGUAGGCAAUAGCUGCUGUAUAUAUAGCUUGUUCAUUACUUCCACGACGCUUUACCUGUAUUUUCUACGUAAUCGGUAAUCCUGUAAUGGGUUUCGUUCAAAAUAUUUGUGAUGUUUUUAUUUUUGAUGUAAUUUUCUGGUCUCAUUUGAUUUGGUUUUGAGUGUUUAAGCCUGGU